ACUUCGGCCACCCGGGAACACAUCUGAACUCAUGCUUGCGGACAAAAGUCAAGUCUACUGCGAAGACACUGGACAACAAGGCUGGAAAGAAAUAGUAAUUUUGCCUGUGACCAAAGCUAGUGAGUGACGAACAAGGCAUCAGAAGGUUGACCGUUAAUCUUCAUGACAAUAGAGCAAGAAGAAGGAAUGCAGUAAGGCAGGAGAGACACGGUAAUAGUCUCAAAGACUGCGAUGAGGAGCGACUAGACAGGCGCGCCGUAAGAUGCUCUGUGCUCGGGUAGCGAGAAUAAGAGGUGAUACCUGAGCCAGAAUAAAGAAGCAACCAAUGGAGAUACUAAGCCAGGAACUCCAUGAUUUGAAAGACAAUGUCUAGAUCGAUCGUUGUGGUUGUGGACUUAAGAAAAGCCGCGAGAUUUAGUCAGGGGUCUCAGAUGAUGAGGCAUCUGAAAUUGAGACUAGGACUUGCUCAGUCAGUCCAUAACACCGGGAGACUGUACAUGCACAGGACUGUGUGUCUUGCUUGAGUUGCUGUUGCAGAGUUCUGUUGCAAUUGCUCAACUCCAUCUUGCAAGGGCUCGACACUCUCCACCCCUAAAAGAGCUCUUCCAGUGAUGACUUGCUUCUAUGUACAAUCUUCGGUAUGUUCCGCCGCGCCUUCGUUCGCAACAGACCUCAUUACCGACCACGCAAAGCGCGGCGCCCUCUGCAUCAGGUCUCAAUUUAUACACUCGCCCAGGUGUGCAGCUUUCGACACAAUCCUCUACGACAAGCUACAAGUGUCCGCCGCGUGUAAGCAUUGUGGCUGCAUGUCUCAUUUCAGGCCCUUGACCAAUCUGCAUGCAAUAAGUCGAUCGCUAUUGAGCAUGACAUGACAGACUGUCACUCAAGAUACUUGGCAGCCAAUACAGGCACCAUCCUCUCCAUCAAUGGCACGACCCAUGAUCCAGCCAACGAAUCCCUUACAAGACGCCUUAUCAAACAGUCGUCAGUGAGCUGCCGCGGAUCGCAAGUGCCAAUCAACCUGACAAGGCCCAUAAACUAAUCGGCAUUGUGGGUGAAGCUAGUGAUGAUGUGCCUGAUGAGGCAUCUGAUACAUGCAACCUAGAUAGUGCGAAGAGGAUUGUUACGGAUGAGGAGCAGAGCAGAGGCUCAGGCUCCCUGUGAAGUAAAGAGUAGAGAAGUACAGGGCGUGACCAUCACGUCAAAGUACGCGAUACGAUGCAGAGAGCCAGAGAGAUAUGCACUAGCAGCUACAUGACUUGACUGCUCAACACCGAAGGUCCGUACAUACAUAUGGUGUCAGCGAUGUUGUAUUAAAAGCCUAAACUCUCGCGUGGCCCAGCGCUUAUGACUGCCGAGCCCAGGAGUCAACAUGGUCUGUGCUCUAUAGGAGAGCCUCGUACCAUUCAGUUCGCUUGUCACUAGCUCAUUCGUGAAACCACUCAUCUGAACCUUAUGGCGACACACAUGUUCUAUAGCUAUGCAUGGUUAUGAAGUGAUGUAAGACUCCUGAUCGCAGCUUAAUCGACGAAUAGAUCAA